AUGUUACCAACGUUUAACAUUCUAAACACUGACCAAAUCCACCUAGAGAUCAACAAAAUGGCAAUACGCAAAUCAAUGAAACCAAUGGCUCAGGUGUUACUAUUACUACCAGCUAUUCAUUUGCAUAAACAAACCGUUGGCUCAACCACCGAGUCCUCUGCUUUACUCGCCUUUCUGAAUCAUAGUUCCGUCACCGGUAAUAAACCGUCUUCUGAUGAGAUCAAUUUUUCGGUUUGGCGGCGGGAGCUUAAAACCAGAGGAGGUGGAGGAGGAAGUCGUGGUGGCGGUGGAGGCGGUAGCAGUGGAAGUUGUGGUGGCGGAGGUAGCGGCGGUAGCGGAGGGAGUGGUACAGGCGGUAGAAGCAGCGGUGACUACCUCAAGCACUGUGGUCUGUCCAAUAGCCAAUUAUUCAUCGGUAUAUUAGUUUUUUUGGUUGUUGUGUGUUAA